AUGUCGCCAAUACCAGUUACUCCCUUCCUUAUGUUCGAAGGCGAAGCUGAAGCCGCCCUCACUUUCUACACCCAAACCAUCCCGAACUCCAGUAUCCUCUCCAUCACGCGGUACGGCGCCGGCGAGCCCGGGCCCGAGGGAACUGUCCACCUGGCCCGGGCGAAUAUCGGUGGUUCCUUGGAGAUCAAGGCAAGCGAUAGCUACGUCAAGCAUUGUUUCGGCUUUACACCGUCUCUGUCGCUGUUUGUUACAUUUACCGAUGAGCAUGGAGAGGGCGCGAUUGAUCGAGUGGCGAAUACGUUGCAGGAGGGUGGGCGGGUUUUGAUGCCACUGGGGGAUUAUGGAUUUAGUCGCAGGUUUGCGUGGGUGACGGAUAGGUUUGGGGUUUCAUGGCAGUUGAAUUUGGAGUGA